GUGUCAGGCGGCUCGCCAUGCCAGGCUCAGGCUGCCAGCUGCUCUGUCUCUGCGCCUCAGACCCGGCGAACAUCCGCAUCUCAUGUUUCUGCUCAGAGGUUUACUAAGCGGACCAUGCGGCUGUUCACCAUCUCAACUCUGCUCCUGUUCUUCUUCAACUCAGGGCUGGCUCUGCAGAUUCAGUGCUACCAGUGUGAGGAGAUGACACACGACUGCUCCACGGCAGAGUUCAUCGUCAACUGCACCGUGAACGUGCAGGACAUGUGCCAGAAGGAGGUUCUGGUGAAGGAUGGUGGGAUACACUACCGCAAGUCGUGCGCCUCGUCAGGAGCUUGUCUAAUCGCUUCUUCUGGCUACCAGCAAUUCUGUACUGGCAAGCUCAACUCGGUGUGCAUCACCUGCUGCAACACACCGCUGUGUAAUGGACCACGGCAGAAGAAACGGCCGCAAAUGUCAGCCGCCGUUUCCCUGACCACGCCGCAGCUCCCUGUGUUUUCUCUCUACAUCCUCCUCCUACUGUCCUCCUCCCUGUGCUGACAGACCUUCACACACUGAAGUGAAGAUGUGUAUUGACAGUGGAGACAACAUGAACUGUAUUACCUGAGACAGGGAAGAGUGCAUACUGUGAAAUGUAUAUUCUUUGAGGGGUGUAGAAGCUUUGUCCAGCAUUUGCUCUCUUGACUCCCUUUCUGUCGCAGCUUGCCUCCAAAGUGUCUAAUUGGGAAAUGUUAUCAUCAUGUGUGUCGUGUCACAGGGGCAGCUGGGUAAGGUGAGGUGGACGACAGUGCCGUGGAUGGAGCAGCUUUUGUCUAUUGUGUUGGGCAGCAAGUGGCUCAUUCGCAUCUGUCUAUAUUUACUUGCACUAUAAGGUCAAACAAGACAAAGUGCAGGAAAGAUAGCAAGUUUAGAAUCAUCAUACAUUUUCUGAGCCUUGAACUCCAGAAUAAAUAACUGUGAUUUCUUCUAAAUCCAUACUGUAACCCUGAAUAAUCACCAAUAUUGCUGUAUUGACAAACUAAAAAUGUAUGAUGUGUAUGACAAUGAAACUGUUUAAUGAUUAUGGAAAACGAAGGCAAUGGAUGAAGGAAACCAUAUGGUAGUUAUUAAAUUAAAGCCACCUACAGCCCCAAAGAUACUCACAGACACAACAUCUUCCUAUCAGUGGAGGUCAUAAAAAAGCAAACAAGCAUUGCUAUCUGCUCACAAAUACUGUACAUAGAGCUACAAGAACAUAUAAUACACAACCCUGUUUCCAACUACUUACCAUUCAUUGCAUCUGCACUGCAAGCGUCUUUGAGUUACAAGAAAAGCGCUAUAUAAGUCUAAUGUAUUAUUACUAUAAUUAUCUCUAAUGGCUGACAUUAGAACCGUUUGCAUUGCGGUGGAGCAGCAGCAUAUUAUCAUAAGAUGUGAUGUGAACAUGCAAGAAGUUGGUGUUGACCAUGAAAAUGUAAUAUUCAGUUGCUUUUGUAGUGGUUGAGUGGUUGGUUUGGAGUUGACCGAAACCUUAAGGUACCCUGUGGAGUUUUGUGAGUGUGUCCUGGAGGUCGAACAAACAUGUUGAAUAUAUUUUUAAAGCCAAUAUUUUGAGACCUGCAUUGCAUAUUGCCAUAUACUUUUUGCAGUUGCUCAAUCUAUCUUAAUUUCCCAAUGUUUAAUUUAAAAGGUUUUCAGGAGUUUCUAGAGGCAGCAAGUCACGCUGGAUGCCCCCUGAUUUGCAAAAAGUAGCCUAGAGACCUCAACUUCAUGUAAAUGAUGCGAGAGAACUCACCGCUAACAGAAUGCAUUGCACAGCUGCUUAUAUAUACAUUGAAUGGGAAGCGUGAAAAUGACGGAUCAUGUGGAAAAGCACCAUAACUGUGCUCUUCUUCUCUAUCUUUGCUGAUGCACUGCUAACUUUCGUGUGGAUUUAGUUCGACCAGCUGGAUGUCAGUGAGGGGAAGAGCAAGAAACCGAAAGACAUAAUAUAGCUUGUAUGUCACUGAUGUUUUAAGACAGGGGUGUCAAACUCAUUUUAGUUCAAGGGCCACAUAAAGGUCAAUUUGAUCUCAAGUGGGCCGGACCAGUAACACCACAGCAUAAUAACCUAUAAAUAACAACAACUCCAAAUGUUUCCCUUCGUUUUAGUGCAAAAAAGUACAAGUACAUUCUGAAAACGUUCAAAUUUAAUGAACUAUCUUUUUACGAAACAUUAUGAACAACCUAAAAUUUCUUAAGAAAAGAAGGUGUAAUUUCAACAAUAUCAAGCCUAGGUUUAUCAUUUACACAUGUGCAUUACAACUUACAGAUCACAGUGUAUCUACAAAGGCACACAACAUUUCGUCACAGGUAUCUGGAAUAGUAUUUUACUUUAUGAUCAACACAACUAAUUUCUACACUUUGCAAAGUCAUCCCGCGGGCCGGACUGGACCCUCUGGCGGGCCGCAUGUUUGACACCCCUGUUUUAAGAGAACGAUGACUCAAGGUUCAUAUUUUGCUCAUCGGAUUGAACAUUGUCCUCCCAAGAAAAACAACGGCAAUCAGUCGUUUCAGCAGGUGCCCCAAAACAUCACAUGUUUACGAAUAAAGUGACAGCGCCCUCUAGCAGGUGACCCCAAAGUCAGGUGACAAUGUUAUAGAGCACCAAAACAUUUGACUUUGACCUCCAAGCAGUAUUCUGUGGUGCUUAAAAGUGAAGCCAGAAGUGCCAGAAUCUGCAGUUCUUGGAAUAACCACUUGAGGCUGAAUCCAAAACCGAGUCAUUCCCACAGACCCUCAUGUUAAAAUGUCCAACUUUACAGCAAAUAUAAACAUAAGACGACAAAGGUCCACUAACCUUAAUGAAGUAGUUAUUUUAACCCAAACAAUGUUUCUCUAACCUUAACUAAGUUCUUACACAAACCAUGUUGUUUCCCUAGUUGUAACCUUUUUGUGUCCAAAUCUUAACCACAGCCUUGUCAGUGUUUUAUAUCAGUGAUUUGAAGCAGACAGAUCAGAACAUGCUUCUAUGUGUUGUUCUACAGCGCAUGGACAAACGACACACUUUGUCGUCUAAUUUGUUGUUAUGGUGUCACUCUUAAGUGUCUAAUAAAUGAACUCUCCAACAACAUGCAGCAUACAACUACUACUUUAUUUUUUAUGUCAGUCCACAUAUCACUCGCAUGUACAUGGGGAUAUUUAGGUAAUCAGGGCAUCUGUUUGGUUACUCAAGGCGUACUCACAGUUCCUUCCAAUGAAAGUUGCUCACAAGUUAUUGGCUUACUCGAGCUGCUGCACUUUUUGGACCAUUGAGCAUAAUGACUUCCUG